AUGUCGCCAAAAAGCACAGAAUCAACACUGGAGAAUAUUUUUCAGCAAGAAUCAGUUCUGAGGAACCAGCUUAUACAUGAGUUCAUCAAGGAUGUGGAAAAACUGAAGAAAAAAUUCAACUCUAGAGACCAACUGAUAUUAUCUUUACAACAAGAAUUAGCCACUGUCAGGGAAGAAAAUCAACAAAUAAACGCAAAACUUUUGAACUUAAAUGUGGCUUAUGAGUCUCGAUUGACAGAAGUGGCGUUUACAGCGGGGAUUACAAGUAACGCAGCCUUCCGAAGGGACGAAACAGUUAUCUUCCCACAUGUGAUUACCAAUAAAGGAAAUGCUUAUAAUCCAAAUGAUGGGAUAUUUACUGCCCCUGAAAACGGAACUUAUUCUUUCUAUUGUUCUAUCACAUCAUUUGAAACGAACAACUCAUGGGUAAAAAUAACAAAAAUGGUGUUUCUCAAGUUGUCAUCGGUGCAUAUGGAAGUGCAGAUGAUCAUGAUCCAUCGGCUUCUAACAUGAUCAAUCUUGAGUUAAUCAAAGGUGACAGAGUUUGGGUGGCCGGGUAUUCAGCAGCAUUCACUCUUUUCUCAGACAACGGUAAUCCAGUUGCAACGUUUUCAGGAUUUCUUUUGUAAACUCCAAAAUGGCACCUGUUUAUU